ACGCCGUCCAUCGUUCACUCCGCUCUUCUAUGCUAUCACCAACUGCAUCCCGAAGCACCAGUAGUUUCAGUAGUUCAUAACUUGCAAACGUACGGGACCUAGCCUGAAGUUAUACAGCUUUGGUGUCUCAAUUUACUUGCUCCUAUAAAGAAAGUAGUCAGUAAAAAAAAAAUUCAGAAUAUCGCGUUGUUGCAACAGCCAACUGGCGUACAGCUAGUCCAGCUAAGAAGGGUGACCUCAUAGAGUAACUGAAUACAGGCAUAGAGGUUGAAACCGGCUCCGGUCAACGUUGUCACCAUUCCGACAGCUAUGGCGUCUUCUGUCAUCAUGCUACUUCUCGUCAGCAUCGCAUUGUGCUCGCACUUCAACGAAGUUCGUGGUGAUGAGUCAGGUGGCGGCGCUGCUGCUUCGUCAUCGCCGUCGUCCAAGGCGACACGGACGCUGGACAAGAUAAACGCCGGAGAGUACAUCCGCAGCCUGAGUGGACGUCACCUCGACAAAAUAAGCGGCGGCGAGUUACUGCGCUCUUCUGACGACGAUGCCGAGCUUCCUUCGGUCACUGAUGCUACCGUACGCUCUACGAGGACUCUCUUCCCCCUCGCUUGGCUCAGGUCUUCGCCGCGGUUUGGACAAGAUUGGUGGCGGCGAAUACAUUCGCGCGACGGGCCCUUUCCCUCCUGGCGCUCGUUCGGCAAAAAGGUUUGACUCCUUAAGCGGUUUGACCUUCGGCGGUGACCAGUCGGGGCUGCACAAGCGCGGCUACGGCCAUGGCGAGUUUGACGAGAUUGACCACGCCGGCUGGCCGAGAUUCUACAAGCGAAACUUCGACGAAAUCGACAGGAACGGAUUCGAAGGUUUCACCAAGCGAAACUUUGACGAGAUUGAUAGAACAGGCUUCGAGGGCUUCUACAAACGCUCAGCUGCCGGGAAAAAUUAAGCCUCACAAUAAUGAACGAGUUUCGACGUGCCGGCACCCUUCCAUCAGAAUCGCGACAAUCCCUGCCACCACCGAAACCUCUGCAUCGAUUUGACGUCCCUUCAUUGCGAGGACUGAUUUUGCUAUAUUUCGACCAAAAGUUACCUAGGUUCAAACAACACAUGUUCAUGAGCAAGAAAGUAAUUUACGAGUCUACAAAAUAUGACAUGUGGUAGUGAAGUUCCACGGCAUAAUUUUGGUUAAGUGGCCCUACCGACGUCCCUUGACAUGGUUAAUCGUGCAAGUUCCGUGACAAAUCAGCGCUGAUAAAGUAGAUGUUGUUUUCGUCAACCAUUUGUCGUGUUCUGAUUUGCCCGUGUAAAACAUGUUUGUGCGUUCUAAGUGGUCAGAGAUUAUGUCCUUUAACUUGUCCUUUGAGAAGUACCCGGUUUCAAGUAUAACAAAUUCUAAUAAUGUGCUGAGAAACGAGCGCCCCAUAAUGAGGCGGACAUGUUGGAUCUUAUGAGCGCACAUGAAUGAGGCUCGCGUCAUAUGCAGAACCUACAGAAGCUCAAGAACAGAGUGUGCGGUUAAAGAAAGUGGUGCACUAUUUUUUGCUCUGAGAGCGCUCGUUUGACACCAUGCAAAUAAAUAUUGUUGAACUUUUGU